CAUUUGACACUUCAUUUCACAAGCCAAGCAAGCACUUAUUUUAGUCUACGAGUCCAGUUAUUUUUGUAUUAUAAGUAAUCUUAUAAAGUGCCGCAAUCAUAUUGUGCUCAGUUGAGUCAUACAAUACUAGUGUACUAUUUAAAGCUAGAGUGCUAAAGGAAGUAAAAAUGAAUCCCUACCAAGGUCAACCGCGUUACCUACACAAUAUCGGGUUUAGCAACUCGGCACCGCAGUCAUUCGGAAACCCAAUGCCAAUGCCCGGUCUCCCCAACAUGGGUUACCCGGCGCCGCAUCCUGGUUACACUAACACUGGAUCUGGGUAUCCUUCUGCGUAUCCCCAAGCAGGAGGGUACCCUAAUCAGGGUCAACAGGGAUAUCCUCAAACACCAUCAACCUAUCCCAGCCAAGGUUACCCAAGUGCUGCUCAAUCUUAUUCCCCAGCUCAAGGAUACCCAACUGCUCAACAAGGGUAUCCUCAAACUCAAUCAGGGUAUCCUCAAAGCCAAUCAGCGUAUCCUCAAACUCAAUCCUCGUAUCCUCAAACUCAAUCAGCAUACCUCCAAUCCCAAUCACAUCAGCCUUCAGCUGGCUAUCCACAACAAGGCUACCAGCAGUCUAAUCAGUAUCAGGGAUAUCAAUCGUCUGGGCAAAGCAACCAGGCUUACAGUGCAUCCUCAAGUCCAGUACAUAGUGUGCCAAAGUCAAAGCCAACGGUAGUACCCGUGAACCCCUUCGACCCCCGGGAAGAUGCAGCGGUCCUACGCAAGGCGAUGAAAGGAUUCGGAACGGACGAGAAGGCGAUAAUCCAAGUCUUGACUCGCCGGAGUAACGAGCAACGUUUGCGGAUAGCUUUCGAGUUCAAGACUCUAUAUGGAAAGGAUCUCAUAUCGGAUCUCAAGAGCGAAACCACUGGCAAGUUUGAAGAUUUAAUAGUGGCUUUAAUGACGCCACUGCCACAGUUCUACGCGAAGGAGCUUCAUGAUGCCACCGCGGGGAUCGGUACCGAUGAAGACGUGCUCAUUGAAGUCAUGUGCACGAUGUCCAACCAUGAAAUCCAUGUGAUCAAACAAGCGUAUACUGCAAUGUACGGAACCCUUCUUGAAGAUGAAUUGCGUGGUGACACGUCAGGAAACUUCAAGAGGCUGAUGACUUCACUGAGCAUGGGCAACCGAUCUGAAGAUUUCCACGUCGAUCAAAACCGUGCCAGAGAAGACGCUAGGAGCUUAUUGCAAGCAGGCGAACUGCGUCUCGGCACCGACGAAUCGAUCUUCAACGCGGUGCUUUGCUCACGUUCGUUCCCGCAGUUGGCAGCCAUCUUCCAGGAAUACCAGUUCCUAACCGGCCAUGACAUCGACGAUGCCAUCAAGUCAGAGUUCUCCGGUGACCUCGAAAAGGCUCUGCGGGCUAUCGUGAAAGUGGUACGCAACAAGCCGCUAUUCUUCGCGGAACGUCUCCACAAGUCGAUGAAGGGGCUGGGCACCAACGACCGCCAGCUAAUCCGCAUCAUGGUGACAAGAUGCGAGGUGGAUCUCGGAGACAUCGCGGACAUGUUCCAGUCCAAAUUCGGAGAGUCGCUGCAGAGCUGGAUUGAGGGCGAUUGUUCCGGUCACUACAAAAAAUGUCUACUGGGUCUUCUGGGCCUGUAUUAGGCGUGACGUCAAAAUAUUCUUUUCAAUGAAUAUACUCUCCAUCAGUGUCAGUGGUACAACAUGAAUAUCUCAAUGGAAUGUAUUUUUACUAUGUUCUACUUUAUUCUUAAAUUUUAAGAGGUUUAUGUCUAUCGUUAUAACUAAGUGUAACCAAUAACAUAUGUGUCCCUAGUACAAGUUGUCUAUAGUUUUUGAAAAUAAAAUGAAAUUUAGCCAGCGCCACUAGCUGGUCUUGUGGAGAACUUUGUGGAGUCAAUUUAUUAGUAAGGUAGGUAACGAAACCUCGUUCUCGAGUAUCGAUAAAAUGUAACGACCGAGAAAAAAGAACCUUAUGUGUAAUACUUUAAAGGUUAAGUUCGCUAACACUUCAAGCAGUUCGAACGGUUAUAAAAUUAGAAUUAUUAAUACAGAAUAUACGACUUUAAAACGAAGAGUGUAAAGUUUACUUUCCUUUGACGCUUUAUUUUUCUGUUACUUUGAAACAACUCCGCAAUGUAUUACUAUCGGAAUAAUACUAAGGGUAAACUGUACUCUAAAACAUGGAGCUUAAGGACCAUUUUACUUCGACGCUAUAAUUUGGACACCAAUUUUCGAGAAGCACAAACUUGUACUAGAUUAGGCUUUAGUAUGUUUACGGUAAAGCAAGAAAUAGCCAUCUAAGUUUUGGAAUUACAAGGAUAUCUGUUCGUAGUGACUCUACCACCGGAUAACCUCAAAUAUAUUUUUACAUGUAGCUGCGCUUCACUAAAGGUGCACGCACACAAGGUGAUUCAUAACAGCUCUUAAGUAUAGCACAGUAAACGUGUCGUUUAGUUAAGAAUCGAAUAGUUAGCUUCUUAUUCUCAUAUUAUCGUCAAUAUACACGGUUCCUAUAACUAUACUUCAUAUAUCUUAUUCGAGGAUUUCUAAAUUUAUUGCAUGUAUGUAAAUUAAAUCUAACUUAAUUGCUUAAUAUUAUCGCAUAAAUAUUACAUUAAAUAUAGUUUGUGUUUAUAAUAAAACUCAAAAUAUGGUUUACGAUCAUUGCUGCAAGCAUUGGUGAUAUAACUGAGCCGUCCUUCUAUUCUGCACUCUAAUUUUGAUUUGUACUAUCUAUUUAAAAUAAUAAAUAAAAAUGUACCGUACCUACCAAGAGUUUGAAACAAAAAAA